GUUUUAAAUCAUUCAAAUUGCGUCACCAGCACAAAGGCUUAUAAAGUAAAGGUAUGGGGCCACCAAAGAAAACUAAGAAGUAUGACUCAAAGGGUGGGAGUGAAAGAUCAGGGAAAAAGAAAAAAGUUGAGGAAGACAAUAUAACAAUUGACCUUGUUGAUGAUGACAAUGCUGAAAAUACCGGAGUUCCUGUGGCUGCUAUGCAAGAUGCUGAGAAGAAUGAUCAAGUACCAGAAGAUGAAUUUGGGGCCAAAGAUUACAGGAGUCAAAUGGAGUUGAAGCCAGAUAAUGCAAGUAGACCAUUGUGGGUGGCACCAAACGGACACAUUUUCCUAGAGGCAUUUUCACCUGUGUACAAGCAUGCACAUGACUUCCUUAUAGCAAUAGCUGAACCUGUGUGCAGACCCCAGCACAUACACGAGUACAAACUUACGGCGUACAGUUUAUAUGCCGCCGUGUCAGUGGGACUCCAGACCAAUGACAUCAUAGAAUACCUGCAGAGACUCAGCAAGUGUGCUGUACCAACUGGAAUUAUUGAGUUCAUACAACUUUGCACGCUAUCAUACGGCAAAGUUAAGUUAGUUCUUAAACAAAACAGGUUCCUGGUAGAGAGUAAGCAUGUAGAAGUGCUGCAGAAGCUGCUGAAGGACCCCGUGAUCCAGGAGUGCCGGCUGCGGCGGGACGGAGACGACGAGCUGCUCGCUUCAGCCCUGCCCACCAAACCGGCCACAUCUUCCAAACUAGGAGAGGAAAAACUAGCCACCAAUGGUGCUGUUCCUGAAGAUAUCAGCCAGUUCUACCAACAGAUAGACAAAGACGACGAAGAAGAUGAAUCCACCGACCUAACAGCCAACUCUGCAGUCGCCUUUGAAGUUGAUCCUAAUAAAAUAGAGGUAAUUCAAAAACGUUGCAUAGAGCUAGAGUACCCCCUACUGGCUGAAUACGACUUUAGGAACGACGCGGUCAACCCGGACAUCAAUAUAGAUCUUAAGCCGACGGCGGUGUUGCGACCCUAUCAAGAGAAAAGUCUUAGGAAAAUGUUUGGAAAUGGCCGAGCUAGGUCGGGCGUGAUAGUGUUGCCGUGCGGCGCGGGCAAGUCGCUGGUGGGCGUGACGGCGGUGUGCACGGUCCGCAAGCGCGCGCUCGUGCUCUGCAACUCCGGCGUCUCCGUCGAGCAGUGGAAGCAGCAGUUCAAGUGCUGGUCCACCGCAGAUGACAGCAUGAUAUGCAGGUUCACAUCAGAAGCGAAGGACAAACCGAUGGGCGCGGGCAUUCUGAUCACCACGUACUCCAUGAUCACUCACGGGCAGCGGCGGUCGUGGGAGGCGGAGCAGACUAUGAAGUGGCUCCAGGCGCAGGAGUGGGGGCUGCUGGUGUUGGACGAGGUCCACACCAUCCCCGCCAAGAUGUUCCGGCGCGUGCUCACUAUUGUACACUCGCACGCUAAGCUCGGUCUGACUGCGACGCUGCUGCGCGAGGACGACAAGAUCGCGGACCUGAACUUCCUGAUCGGUCCCAAGCUGUACGAGGCGAACUGGCUAGAGUUGCAGGCGGCCGGCUACAUCGCGCGCGUGCAGUGCGCCGAGGUCUGGUGCCCCAUGACGCCCGAGUUCUACAGAGAGUACCUCGUGCAGAAAAUAAACAAGAAGAUGAUGUUAUACGUGAUGAACCCGUCCAAGUUCCGCGCGUGCCAGUACCUGGUGCGGUACCACGAGCGGCGCGGCGACAAGACCAUCGUGUUCAGCGACAACGUCUUCGCGCUCCGACACUACGCCGUCAAGAUGAACAAGCCGUAUAUAUACGGGCCGACGUCGCAGAACGAGAGGAUACAGAUACUGCAGAACUUCAAGUUUAACCCCAAGGUGAACACGAUAUUCGUGAGCAAGGUGGCGGACACGAGCUUCGACCUGCCCGAGGCCAACGUCCUCAUACAGAUCUCCUCGCACGGCGGCUCGCGCCGACAGGAGGCGCAGAGAUUAGGUCGUAUACUGCGUGCGAAGAAGGGCGCUCUGGCGGAGGAGUACAACGCGUUCUUCUACACGCUCGUGUCUCAGGACACGCUGGAGAUGGCCUACAGCCGUAAACGGCAGCGGUUCCUCGUCAACCAGGGGUACAGCUACAAGGUGAUCACGGAACUGAAGGGCAUGGACCAGGAGCCGGACAUGAUGUACGGCACGCGCGAGGAGCAGGGCAUGCUGUUGCAGCAGGUGCUGGCGACGACAGAGAGCGAGUGCGAGGACGAGCGCGAGGGCGGUGUGGGGGGCGCGGGCGGGGCGGGAGCGGCGCGCCGCGCGGGCACCCUCGCCUCCCUCGCCGGCGCUGACGACGCGCUAUACCUCGAGCGACGCGCUGCCAACAAACACCCCCUGUUCAAGAAGUUCCGCUACUGAGCAAAACGGAAACGGAAGGGGGUGUGCCGGAGUGGGCGCUGGUGGAACUGCAGGGUCUCGUGCAGAUGAAGAACGAGGACGGUGGAGGCACCCUGGUAGGAGACCUGCACUUCUUCAACAGGAACAAACACCCCGU